UCCGGCCAAUCAGCUGCACAGACCCGAAUAACCCGCCAACAUUUACGAUGGGUAGGCUGUAGCACUUUGUUUCGCUAUACUGAGCAAGUUGGUGAUGGGAGAGGGGGAAGGGCUGAGAGAGAGAGAGAGAGAGAAGAGAGAGAGAGAGAAAGAGAGAGAGAGAAAGAGAGAGAGAGCCCUGAAAGUAAUCUGCAGAAGGGAGUGGGAAAUAAGAGAGUGGCAAAAUUAUCUUAAUGUCUCUGCUUUUGUUCUGCAUGAAGUAAACUUGCCUCGUAUUCUAGAUAAUGUCCAAGAAUGUCCAUUUCUGGGACUUUGAGCAACUAUUACGUGGACUCCAUCAUAAGUCAUGAUAGCGACGAACUUUCGGGCGCGCCUCGCUUCUCCAGCGUCCAGUUUCCCGUUUCCACCUCCGCUGCGACCGAUGGAGCCGCGCACUCCGAGCAUGCUCUUUCCGAGCCAUAUCCAUCCUGCAGCUUCCAGCCCAAAGGUCCGGUCUUUUCAUCACCCUGGGGGCCCUUCAGCCCGCACCACGGAACUGGUGGUCUCCCUGCAGUCUACCAUCCCUACAUCCCGGGCCAGCAUGUCGCCUCAGGCGCGGCAGACACGAGAUACAUUCGAUCAUGGCUGGACUGCGCGCCGCGAGACUCCGAGUCUUUCCCGGGCCAGAGCCAAACGGGGCAGGUCAAACUGGAGCCCCAGCUUAGCCAUCAAGGCGGGGAGCUUCCCAUCAAAAUCAGCGGACAACACGAGACUACCACAUACAUUCUAGAAUCGAUUUCCACGGCGGAACGCGAGCUGAACCUCCAUUCCACUUCCAUUCAGGGAUCAGGAUUUGAAGAAAGUAAGGAUGUCUGUGAAGGAAGUAAAGACAAGGACAGCGCGGAUCAAAAUGACCCAUCAGCCAACUGGCUUCAUGCACGCUCCUCCAGGAAGAAGAGGUGUCCAUACACUAAAUACCAGACCCUAGAGCUUGAAAAGGAAUUUUUGUUCAAUAUGUAUCUCACGAGAGACCGAAGGCAUGAGGUGGCUCGCGCACUGAACCUGACAGAGAGGCAGGUUAAGAUUUGGUUCCAGAACCGGAGAAUGAAAAUGAAGAAACAGAGCAAAGACCAGACCAAGGAGUAGUGGGACUAAAGACCACAUUACAAAUAAUCACUCACCACUUUCUCUCUCUCUAUCCCUCUCGCUCUCACUCUCUGUCUCUCUUACACAAACACACACAUGCCUUCACACCUACACAUACACACACACAAAUACACACGCCUAUAGAUUCAUAGCCCACCAUAUAGUUAAUCCAUCAUGAAGCACCUUUUUUGUAUAACCAGAAUACAAUGGCCUUUCUGAACAGACAUGUACACCAACCUUAACUUCACUUCACUUCACUUCCAUGAAGAGAAGGUUCAUUUCAUUGCCAUUCUCUCGAAUAAGAGAAGUCAUAAGAGAAUGACUUCUCUUAUUUGAAGAGAAGUCAGUCUCUUCAAAUAAUAAACCAAGAGAUUUUGACACAGUAUUCAAAAUGUGCAAGAAAAAGUCAAAUUUAUAUGGAGCUUUUAAUGAAAUCAGCUCCAUAUUUGAAUCUAUUUCUUAAAUACAUAAACACACAGAUAUAGUUAAGGGAUGUGGAAACUCCACUGGCUUGGACCAGAGUUUAUAGAACCACCAACAUCUGAAAGAAGAUCAAUGUUUACUUCCUGUAAUACAUUCACCCUCAGAACAUGACUUCAUCCCUAAAAAGUGUUGGACACACUAUAGUGGAAGUAAAGUUUUAAAAUAUUAAGAUGUUUGACAGAAGGUUGGAACUUUGAAAUCGUUUAAGCUUAUGUUAAUGAAUGAGGUUGAUCAUACACACAAGCAGCAGUUCCUUGUGGGCAUUUUCUACUUUUAAUUAACUGGACUUCAUACAGAAUGCAAGCAUCACUAGUCUUGUGGUAAUAAAACACCCCAAAACAUAAGUCCUAAAAGGGAAAGAAGCAGGAACUUUAAGUAAAAGACAGAAGUAGACUGCUAACAGUAAAAUAGAAGCUUUCUUUCUUUAAAACCGUGCUAUUUCUUAUUUUUGAUACAUGAUGCCAACAGAAGCACAUAGAAGUGGUGAAGCUGCAUCCAAAAAUGAAAGACCACCCACAGACCUUUAUUCCUGAGCUGUGUUGUUAACGGAUGAAUAAUAAUGACCUUGUAAAGUUGUACAAUUGUUUCAAAAAAUUUUUAAUUUAAACUGCACAAACCACAAAUUCAAGAAAAGACUAUUCCAUUAUUUUUCAAACAAAAGAUAUUGUCUUUGUGAAAACAUUUACCCUGAACUGACCUGUCCAGGGAGUGACCUGCUUCUUGGCCUGUAACCGCUGGAGAUGCCAGCUUUGGAAAACCAGUUUCUCACUAAUCUUGACAUUCCUAAAACAAAGACAUUUAUAGAUUUGACGGUUUUCUAAACAACGAGAGUUGCAACAAGAGCUGCACAUGCAUGGGCAGUAUACACAGAUCAUCAGUCAGCAGAAGGAAAAUAACAACGUAUUACCAUAGUCCAGAUUUUAUUCACUGUGCUGUCAAGAUGCAUUUUGGAAGAAAUUCUCUCUAUUUUUCUACAUACAAAAUAUUUAGUGUCUGCUAUGCAAGGUUUUUGUUAUUUCAGGAAGUUUGCUGCAAAACUCCUGUAAGUAAUGACUGCUUGAAUGAUUUGGCAUCAUUCACUGAUGCUUAACGCCUGAACAUGUUUCUAUUGCUACCAUGAUACUUAGGAUUGAUUUUCUGUUUGUUUCCGCUGCUGUUUUAACAUGAUAGUUCUGACCAUUAUCAUUUGAGGAUAUCUUCUAAACAUUUAUGAUUAUUAUGUUUCAAUCAAAAACUGAUGGUGGCUAUGUUGGCCAGCCUUUCUGUCUCUGUGCUGGUGUGUAAAACAUGGACAUGAAUGGCAUCUAGUUUGUACUUGGGAAAGUUUUGUAUGAGUGGAGUGUUAGUCAAUGUGUGAGUUCAGGUGAAUGCUGGUAAGUGUGUUUAUGAGCAAACAAGUGGGCAUGUGUG